GAGUAAUGGUUGCGCUGUUAUCAAGAGCACAAUCCCCGACACAAUCACCUCGUGGUUCAUCAGCGCAUUCGCUAUGCAUAUGGCGACUGGUCUGGGUAUCGCACCCACACCUACGAAGGUCACAGUUUUCCGACCGUUUUUCAUCAAACUAUCGCUGCCUUACUCUAUAAUAAGGGGCGAAACGGUAGCCAUUGAGGCCAUUGUCUUCAAUUACACCACAAAACCAAUUCAAUCGGAAGUAGUAUUUCAUAACAAGAAGAAAGAGUUUGAGUUUAGCGACCAAUUGGACAUAAAAGGCGUGAAUGUCUCUGAAAAGAGACAAUUGGUGUCAAUUCCUGCCAACGAUGGCGUUUCGGUCACAUUCACGAUAACACCCAAAAUUAUGGGUUAUAUUGACAUCAAACUGACGGCUAACUCAGCCAUGGCUGGAGACUCUGUGCUCAAGAAACUACUGGUGAAACCC